GAAAAACACAGAAGGCUAGACCUAAGGAGAGAUGAGGAGAGACAGGGAGAGAAAUUCAGGGAAGAAAUUUAUUAGUCUGAGAUGAGGAAAUCAAACACACCCCAAUUAAUAAUACUGUCGUCUCACAUGUAGAAAUAAGGGUUCUGGGUAGUGUAGUGAGAAAAUCUAUAAAUAGGGCCUCCUCUUUUCGGUUUUUCCAAUCCACUAAUUCAAUAGUGGACUUUGAUUCAACAUAAAGACGGCUUCGGGAUAAAAAGUGAGAGAAGUUAGAACAGUAGUUGAAAAUGUUAUUACCAAAAAAGGAAGUAGCAGGAUGUGCUUUAGGCAAUGAAGAUCAUGGCCUCUUCUAGCUACUCUAACUCUCCCUGUGCUGCGUGCAAGUUUUUGAGAAGGAAAUGCAUGCCGGAUUGCAUUUUUGCUCCAUAUUUCCCACCAGAAGAGCCUCAAAAGUUUGCCAAUGUUCACAAGAUAUUUGGUGCGAGCAACGUGAGCAAACUCCUGAAUGAAGUCCAACCCCACCAAAGGGAGGAUGCAGUGAAUUCUCUAGCCUAUGAAGCUGAGGCAAGGAUAAAAGAUCCAGUUUAUGGGUGUGUUGGGGCAAUUUCAGUGCUCCAAAGGCAAGUGAUUAGGCUCCAAAAGGAACUUGAUGCCACAAACGCUGAUUUGAUCCGCUAUACUUGCAAUGAAAUGCCAACUCAAGAUGGGAGAAGAAUGGCUGAAGGUGGAGCUUCCUCUCUGGGUCAGUCUCCUGGUUAUUACUACCCUUCUCCCUGGAACAAUGAUCCACUUGGGGAUGGUUAUCACCGAGGUGACAAUAAUAUGUGAUUAAAAUUCCUGUUAGUUUACCACUUAUAUCCCUCUAGGGUUUCUUAUUGUAUAGUAUUUAUUAUCAUCAUGGGGUGGUAUAUAUAGUCAUAGCGUGGUUAUGAAUAAAAUAUAUUGUAUGUUAUUGUAAGGGUGCCGUUCAUAUUUCAUAAAAUGUCUCUCUUGUUAUAAAUGUAACUGAACUACUACUUCUCUGCAGUUCAUAAGUGAAAUUUUCGGUUCAUAAUAAAACUCAAUUUCUGUUCA